AGAGUUAUGUUUGAUUCCAUCAUCGUAUUGUGUACACUUGGAAUUUUUCAUGUAUUAAAAUAGCACGCCAGAAGAACAUCCUUGGCCUAUAUAUACACCACAAGCUAACCUUUGCCCUCAACGUAAAAACAACCUACACAACAUCAAUGUCGAUCCAUGUCCCUGGUUUUGUCUCUCACCGAAGCAACACCUACGAUCCUUUUUCUUUCGAAGUUUGGGACCCUUUCACGGACUCUUACUUCCAAAGUCCCUUCAAUGGCCACCCUCCUCCAUUCCCCAUUAAUAAUGAAACCCUAGGCUUCAUCAAUGCCAAAACUGAUUGGAAAGAGACCCCAGAAGCUCAUGUCUUCAUCGCUGAGCUUCCGGGGCUCAAGAGAGAUGAAGUGAAGGUGCAAGUAGAGGAAGACAGAGUGUUGAAGAUAAGCGGAGAGAGAAACAUAGAGAGAGGGGAGAGAGAAGAGAAGAAGCACCGCGUUGAGACGAGCAGCGGCAAGUUUAUGAGGAUGUUUAGGUUGCCUGAGAAUGUCAGGGUUGAUCAACUGAAGGCUUUUAUGCAUGAUGGAGUUCUUACUGUUAUUGUUCCUAAGUGGGAGGUCAAGAAAUCUUGUGUUAGAACUGUUCAAAUUGGUUGAAGAAAUAAUAUGGAAUUUUAAGCAUAUAAUUGGCUUUAUGUAUUAAUAAAAAAUAAAAUGAUUUGAAAAUUGGAAUUCAAGCCAAACAUAUGGCACUGACGAAUUUAAGCUGAACACGUUUAUUGGUUUUGGUUUGAAUUUCAACUUGAGAAUCAUUGCUCUUAAUAAA